GAUGAGAGGAGGAAACAUUCACUGUCAAGCAACACCUGAGCAACUCACCGGGCAGAAAUGGCUCCAGGGUCGUGGUUUUCUCCUCUCUUCAUUGCUGUGAUCACUCUGGGACUGCAGUGGCCACAGGAAGCUGCCACCUUCCCGGCCAUGCCCCUUUCCAACCUGUUUGCCAAUGCUGUGCUGAGGGCUCAGCACCUUCACCUCCUGGCUGCCGAGACAUACAAAGAGUUCGAACGCACCUAUAUUCCAGAGGACCAAAGACAUGCCAACAAAAAUUCCCAGGCAGCAUUUUGUUACUCGGAAACCAUCCCUGCUCCCACAGGGAAGGAUGACGCCCAGCAGAAAUCGGACAUGGAGCUGCUUCGGUUUUCACUGGUUCUCAUCCAGUCCUGGUUGACCCCGGUGCAAUACCUAAGCAAGGUGUUCACAAACAAUCUGGUUUUUGGCACCUCAGACAGAGUGUAUGAAAAACUAAAGGACCUGGAAGAAGGCAUCCAAGCUCUGAUGAGGGUAAGUUGGAGGAUGUAG